UCUACUCCCGCGAUGGAGAACGGUCUGCUGGUCUAUCCUGGCGGGGAAUUCCGACGGCACACGAUCGAAGAAGCGCGGUCCUUGGCCAGCGUUCACAUUACGCAAGGGAUAUCGUGGUAUGCGGCAGCUUUUCUCCUAAUCAACGCAGCUCUUGGCGCCGGUAUAUUGCAUUACCCGUUCUGCUACGCGGAAGCAGGAGGAAUCGUGGUCGCCACUGCAGUGCAGAUUGUUAUGCUCCUGCUGCUGUCUUCAACAAUGAUCGUUCUUGCGUCCGCGGCUGAUCUCGAAGGCGACAAUACAUACCACGAUGUGUUGCGAACCACAUGCGGUGUCAUGGCACAGAAGGCGGCUGCUCUAUCGGUGCUGCUCGCGUGCUAUGGCGUUUCGGUCACGUUUAUGGUCAUCAUCGGUGAUCAAUACGACAGAUUAUUCCUCUCGCUCCACGGGAGUCGUUUCUGUGAUUCGUUCCAUCUCCGUCGGGAGUUCACGAUAAUGGCGACAUCUGUACUAUGCAUAUUACCUCUGUGUUUCUUCAAGAAACUGGAUUUCCUCAAAUACGCAAGUACACUCGGAGUCUUCGUUAUGUUCUACCCGGUUCUCCUAACAGCCUUAGCAUUCAGCGGAGUUUCGACCUUGGUUGACCGAGAGACUAGCCUCACGGACUUACUCGACUCAGCCAUCAAAGUCAUUCCAACCGUAUGUUUCGCGUACCAAACGCAUGAAGUUGUCAUACCGAUUUACGCGAAUCUCGGACGACGGAGCCUCGGCAACAUGUCAUUGGCCACCGCAUUGUGCAUGCUGACGCUGUUCGCCGUCUACAGUACGACCGGAGUUCUCGGCUAUCUGACAUUCGGGGCCGCCGUCCGGCCCGACAUCAUGCAGAAUUUCGAUGCGAACUCGCCGUGGGUUCUUCUGGGAAUGGCUGCCUUGAUCGUGAAAAUGAUAGCGACAUACCCUCUCUUGGUCGUUUGUGGGGGGAAAAUUCUGGAGGAUAUGUCCCCAUGGGCCAGUACGGACUCCAGAAGGAUUUUCUUGAACAUUUGUUGGUUCUUCUCGACCCUCGUGGCCGCGACCACGAUAUCGAACCUUGCCGAUAUCAUCGAAUACAUCGGGGCUCUGGCCUGUGCCAACAUCUUUGUCUUUCCGGGUUGUUGUUUGCUCGGCGCCUCUCUGCAAAGGGAGCGAUUCAAAGUGAAAAGGCCCAUUCCAGUUUUUCUCUUCGGGCUCGUUCUGGUCCUCAUUGGUCUAGCGCUGGCUCUCUUGGUGACCUUACACAAAGUUUUCUCCGAGGACCACUCAGUCGAAACGCUGCUAUGCAUUCCCCGAUCUUAGACGCUGCUGAACAAGUUUGUGAUGUACAUACAUAUUAGGAAGCCCUUGUGAUAGAGUCCAUGCCAAAGCAACUGUGAUCA